GUUUGGUUUCUCGGAAAAGUAAGGACAACUGAAGAAAACAAGCAUUUCCGCUGUUUGGUUCCUAGAAACCGAACAUCUCGACUGAACUUAAUUCAGCCCUUUUACCAAAGGUCCCAAUUUUCCGCUUGUUUUUCUCUGCUUUCUGGGAAACCAAACGAAGGAUUAGUUUUCCGGCUUCGAUCUUUCUUCGUGACGGGAUACUCCAAAAUAUCUAAAAUUUAGGAUGGAGGCCCUUUACAAGAAGCUCUACGAGAAGUACACUAAACUCAAGACAAGGAAAGAAACUGAGAUCGAGCAGCUCAAUCGGGAACAAGAAGUAAAGUUUUUGACUUAUGUGUCUGCUGCUGAUGAAUUGAUAGAACACUUGAGAAAUGAAAAUGGAAAGUUGCUUGAACAAGUUGCUGAAUUGAGAAGUGAAGUGGCUUCAAUCAGGUCCACCAAGGAUGAAGAAUAUUCCAAGUACCAAAAUAUUUUAAUGGAAGAGAACCAGAAAAAUAAAGAGCUUUCUGAAGAAAUUGAGAGGCUACGGAACCUGCAACGGGUGGGACUUUGUUGCAGUUCAAAGAUUGACAAAAAUGAAAAUGGACAGCUGAGCACACCUGGAGUUGCCCAGGUUGGACGAGUAGACACAUCGAAUGCCUCAGCCAUAAGCAUGGCAAGAAAACGUAGGAGACGUUCUGGGCCUGAGGAAAAAGAAGGUGCAAGUUCACAAUCUGUCAGUGGUCAAGUUGUUCUUUCAAGGGAAAGAGAAUCGGCAAAGGACUUAUCCAAGGAAACUUUGUCCAGUGGGAUUCUUGUCGAUGUUCAGCAGGCAGAAUGCUGUAGAAGAAACAUUGACAGUUCAGUAGGUGAUGAUAUAAAUGACACCAGCCCCGCCAGCUGCCUGUUUCAAGCUCUCGUUGAGUUCUUAGUAGGCAUGAAAUUAUCUGCAGUUCGUGAACCUGAUGGAAAAUGUAUUUCAGCACUUCAUCAAUCAAGUGGUUAUUCAUUUAGCCUAACAUGGGUAAACAAAGCAGCUGGAGAGGAAAUGGAGCUGUUAUACCGGGUACAAUCCUUGGGGACAUUUGAGAGAGUGGCACCAGGGUGGAUGAGGGACGUGCUGAUGUUCAGCACAAAUAUGUGCCCGGUCUUCUUUGAGCGGGUGUCUCGUGUAAUCAAGCUACAUCCCUAGUUUGCCUUCCCCCUCCAAUUCCUGACCAUAUAAGUUUCUGCAGUUUUCCUUUCUGGAAAAUAGGACUGAAGUUGCUGCUCUUUUCUGCUUGAGUUGUGAUAGAUUUUGGGUUGUAAGCAGGGAGGAUAUGGAUUCUAAUAUGAAAUAUAUAUGGUGUCUAACCCUUAAGAAAUGGAUUCAAAUCUGGGAAAGAUAAACCUAGGAAAAGUGCAUGGUGUCCCUUCUGCAUUUAAGGUGUUGAGCAGGAAACACUUUUGUGCUGUUUAUUUCAAUGUAUUCUUAACUAAAUCUUGUUUUAAUGUGAAAAAUUAAGAUGACCCAUUGUGGACUUCCAA